AUGCGUCUCAUGGAUGAAACCAACAAAGCAUGCAAACGUAUGCAAGAUGAUGACCAAAAACGUCUUGAUCAGAGAGUAAAAGACAUACAGUUUCUUAAGAAGGAGCUGGAACAGCAGUUAGAGGAUAUCAUUUUGGAGACAGAUUGCCUCAUUACAUUAGAAGGAAGGGUGCAGAAAGCUCUGGAGGCAUGCAAAGACCCUCUGAAAGUCACUGUUCAAUGCAUCAAUGAAAGGGUACAACGUGCCCCUCAGGAGAGAAUCCAUGACGCUGUAGAUCGAGAGCUGCUGAAGGAGCGUGAGACCUUCGAAGGAGUGAUAUUGCUCCUGCAAAAAGUGGUUCUGCAAAUAACGGAGCAGAUACGGCUCAACCGAUCAUCAAAGUACCAUCUGGAGAAAGAUUUAAAGGAGAAAUUUGAGGCUCAGUCCAUUGACAACUUAUGCAUCCAUAUGACUCCUGAAUCCAAUAACAACAUGAACGAAAUCCAGAGUACAUCUAUUCUGCCAGGUUUAUCCGUGACUCCGAUUCAGUGGGAGAACUUCUCAGACAUAAAUGUGGCCAAAGCGGAGCAGCAGAAGAACAACUCCAUGUCCCUGAAAGCUCUGGUGGAGUCUCUGUUGGAGCAAACAGCAUCAGAUUUACAAAAACAAAUACAGGCCACGACUUCGGCUUUUCAGCUCAAUGUUCAUGAGCUCCAGAAGCUUAAGGGACAAAUAGAGGAUCACCUGUCCAAGAUCUUGCUGGAAUACAACAAGCAGAAAACGCUCUGCGAGGAGCUGGAGCGGUGCAUCAAAGAGAACGAGAGCUGUUUGAGUCUGGCCCAGGCGCGGCUGUCCCUGCGCCACAAACGUCCGUCCAAAGAGCAGUGCUUUGACCCCGCGCAGGCACAGCUCCUCAGCGAGAUCCAGAUAAUAAAAACAAAUAUCACCAAGCUGACCCAGGCCGUGGACCGGUGCCAGAAGGAGCAGAGGGCACUGGUGCGAUGCCAACUAGAGCUUCAGGAGAAUAUCAACAACAAAUCUGGAUCUCUGUACAUCGACGAGGUCCUCUGCGCCCAACACAGGGAGCCCAUCAUCAUCCACAACUUCUGA